AUGGACAUAACCCCAACAACAACGAUCAACACCGCCACUCCCAGUGCAACAACAAAAUCCCCAGAACAUGACACCGAAACACCCACCAGGAUCAACACCCCCACCGCCACAAAAGCCUUGCCUUUCUCCAACGGGGUCCUCAAGCGUCACCACCAUCACCACCACCACCACCACCCCAUGUCCGCCGCCAUCACAUACAAAGAAUGCCUCAAAAACCACGCCGCCAACUUGGGUGGUCACGCCUUAGAUGGCUGCGGCGAGUUCAUGCCGUCCCCCACCGCCACCUCCGCCGAUCCCAGCUCCAUAAAAUGCGCGGCCUGCGGAUGCCACCGCAACUUCCACCGCCGUGAGCCGGAGGAGCCACCCAUCGCCUCCACCACGCAUGUGAUCGAGUACCAGCCUCACCACCGCCACCAUCCUCCGCCACCGUUCCAGGCGGCAGCGGCCAAUCGCAGCCCGAAUUCCGCUUCCCCGCCGCCGAUCUCCUCGUCGUACUACCCGUCCGCGCCUCACAUGCUGAUCGCCCUCUCGGCCGGGCUCGCCGCGCCGCCGGAGAGUACCGCCGCACCCUCCAACGCGCUCACCAGAAAGCGUUUCAGAACCAAGUUCAGCCAGGAGCAGAAGGAGAAGAUGCACAAGUUCGCCGAGAAAGUAGGAUGGAAGAUGCAGAAGAGGGACGAAGAUUUGAUUCACGAGUUUUGCAACGAGAUUGGCGUUGAUAGAAGCGUUCUCAAGGUUUGGAUGCACAACAACAAAAACACCUUGGCCAAAAAAGAUCAUAAUGUUAAUAUUACUAGCAAUGAUAAUAUUACUAAUAAUAUUAAUGAUAAUGAUGCAAAUGGGGGUGACAAGGGUUUCGAAGACCCUAGCUGCGACAUCGAUGGUGGUGCUGAAGAUCGCGGUGAGGAUCCGAGUCGUAAUCACUUCGGUGGGGUGAACGUUGGUGCUAACGGGUCUUCUUCUACUUCUUGA